AUGUCAGGAGGGGUGUGGCAUUUUGAAGAUGAUGUCCACCAGGAUUGGGAAUCUCUACUUCGUCUUUUCUCUACGUCUGGUCCGAGUGUCUCUGGGGCUAUAAGGUCGGCAUGUCGUUCGUUUGAGGACUCUGAGGUGUUGGGCAAGGACCCUACUGUUCACAGUCAUCCUACUUCGUCCCCUGUUAAGGUUGCUCGUAUCCAGGAGAUUGAGAACAUCGAGAAGUCCUGUGUCUCCGUCUUCUAUGGUGCUGGUGCCGACUCUAAGAACCGUGAGAAGGUUAAAGCUCUGACGAAAGCCGAUGUGGUCUAUUGUGGUAAGAACCGUAGAGGGAAGCCGUAUUGUAUAUUCGGGUUCCGUAAGGAGACCUCGAUGCCUGAUGGAGACUUUCUCAACGGCCAGUUUUUCGUUCGACCCUAUCGUUGCCGUCAAUCGUCUGGGGGUGAAGGGUUUCGACUCUCACGAGGAUUGACUGAUAAAAAUUCUCAAGUAGAGAAGAGUCGGGAUGUGGUUGCCCAUGCGGUUACUGGUGGUGGUAUUAUUCCCCCUGAGAUCGUGUUGAAGGCUCAGUUCUCUCCCGAUUCUAGUCCUGGUGAGUGGUAUCAAGUGGAUGCUGUAGUGGAUACUGGUGCUGGACUUUCGUAUUGGCUUGGGAAUGAAGUUCCGUGCGACCCCAGCGAGAAGGUUGAUGUGUCUAUUGUUGAAUUGGCAGAUGGUACUGUAGUCAACGUGGGGAAAGAGAUU